GGCGCUGCCCCCGCCGGGGCUCCCCCGCCGGGCUGCGGGGGGGCGGGCGCCCUCCCAAGUUUGUCCUCUCUUGGGAGGAGCGGCGCGGCCAGCGAGAGAACGUGCCGCCUCCCCGACCCCUUUUGUUCCGCGGGCAACUUACUUGCCGCGGGAAUUGCGGCGAGGAGUCGCCGCCGGGCCGGGCCGCGUCCCCCUCCCCGCCGAGCGCGGCGGCCGGGUCGGGGCGGCCGUGCCCCCCGCGGCGGGGGUCGCGGGGAGGAGCCGGCACGCCCCGCUUUCCUGUCAGCGGCGGCGGCAGGAGCGGGUGGGUCGGGGCCGGAGCGGCUCCCCCAGGGCGGUUAGCCUCGCCCCCCACAGAUGAGGGACGGGAAGACCCCGCACCAGGCUGCGGGCCAGCCUUUCAAAUUCACCAUCCCGGAGUCGCUGGACCGCAUCAAGGAGGAGUUCCAGUUCCUCCAGGCGCAGUACCACAGCCUUAAAUUGGAAUGUGAGAAACUGGCAAGCGAAAAGACAGAAAUGCAGAGGCACUAUGUGAUGUAUUAUGAAAUGUCGUAUGGAUUAAACAUUGAAAUGCACAAACAGACAGAAAUCGCCAAGAGAUUGAACACAAUUUGUGCACAAGUCAUCCCGUUUUUGUCUCAGGAACAUCAGCAGCAAGUGGCCCAAGCUGUAGAACGUGCCAAACAAGUGACCAUGGCUGAACUGAAUGCCAUCAUCGGGGUACGUGGCCUUCCAGGUCUACCUCCUACACAGCAGCAGUUGCAGGCUCAACAUCUCUCCCAUGGCCAUGGACCUCCAGUGCCUCUAACACCACAUCCAUCAGGACUUCAGCCCCCAGGAAUCCCCCCACUUGGAAGCAGUGCUGGCCUUCUUGCCCUUUCUAGCGCUUUGGGUGGGCAGUCUCACUUGGCAAUAAAAGAUGACAAGAAGCAUCAUGAUGCAGAACACCACAGAGACAGAGAGCCAGGCACAAGUAAUUCUCUGUUGGUCCCGGACAGUCUGCGAAGCACAGAUAAACGCAGGAAUGGCCCUGAAUAUACCAAUGACAUCAAAAAGAGAAAGGUGGAUGAUAAGGAUUCCAGCCACUAUGACAGUGAUGGGGACAAGAGUGACGAUAACUUGGUUGUAGAUGUAUCCAAUGAGGAUCCUUCUUCCCCAAGGGCAAGUCCCACUCAUUCACCACGUGAAAAUGGUAUAGAUAAAACUCGCCUACUGAAGAAAGAUGCCUCUAGCAGUCCAGCAUCAACAGCUUCUUCAGGAAGUUCAACUUCCCUCAAAUCCAAAGAAAUGAGUCUGCAUGAAAAAGCCAGCACGCCUGUUCUGAAAUCCAGCACACCAACUCCUCGAAGUGAUGUGCCAACCCCAGGCACUAGUGCAACUCCAGGACUUCGUCCAGGCCUUGGCAAGCCUCCAACAAUGGACCCUCUUGUUAACCAAGCUGCUGCAGGUUUGCGGACACCAUUGGCAGUACCAGGGCCGUACCCUGCUCCAUUUGGAAUGGUACCUCAUGCUGGCAUGAAUGGAGAGUUAACCAGUCCAGGGGCAGCCUAUGCCAGUCUGCACAAUAUGUCACCCCAGAUGAGUGCUGCUGCGGCUGCAGCUGCUGUGGUUGCCUAUGGAAGAUCUCCUAUGGUUGGGUUUGAUCCUCCUCCUCACAUGAGAGUACCUGGAAUCCCUCCAAAUCUAGCAGGGAUUCCUGGGGGAAAACCAGCCUACUCCUUUCAUGUUACUGCAGAUGGUCAGAUGCAGCCGGUUCCUUUCCCUCCUGAUGCCCUCAUUGGUCCAGGAAUCCCUCGCCAUGCCCGUCAGAUCAACACUCUGAACCACGGGGAAGUUGUGUGUGCGGUUACCAUCAGCAACCCCACGAGACAUGUGUACACGGGUGGGAAGGGGUGCGUGAAAGUCUGGGACAUCAGCCAGCCUGGCAACAAAAGCCCUGUGUCUCAGCUGGACUGCCUGAACAGAGAUAACUACAUCCGCUCCUGUAAAUUGCUGCCUGAUGGAUGCACCCUGAUUGUUGGCGGGGAAGCCAGCACGUUAUCCAUUUGGGACCUGGCAGCACCAACUCCUCGCAUCAAAGCAGAGCUGACAUCCUCAGCCCCUGCCUGCUAUGCCCUGGCUAUCAGCCCUGAUUCCAAGGUGUGCUUUUCCUGCUGCAGUGAUGGGAACAUUGCAGUGUGGGAUCUGCACAAUCAGACAUUGGUCAGGCAAUUCCAGGGCCACACAGAUGGAGCCAGCUGUAUUGACAUUUCUAAUGAUGGUACCAAGCUCUGGACAGGAGGUUUGGAUAACACUGUCAGAUCCUGGGACUUGAGAGAGGGAAGACAGCUACAACAGCAUGACUUCACAUCACAGAUAUUUUCCCUUGGUUAUUGUCCUACUGGUGAAUGGCUAGCUGUGGGAAUGGAAAGCAGCAAUGUAGAAGUGCUACAUGUAAAUAAACCAGACAAAUAUCAACUGCACCUUCAUGAGAGUUGUGUCUUGUCACUCAAGUUUGCUUACUGUGGUAAAUGGUUUGUGAGUACUGGGAAAGAUAAUCUUCUUAAUGCAUGGAGAACUCCUUAUGGAGCCAGUAUCUUCCAGUCCAAAGAAUCUUCAUCAGUGCUUAGCUGUGACAUCUCUGUGGAUGAUAAGUACAUAGUCACUGGCUCUGGAGACAAAAAGGCUACAGUCUAUGAAGUUAUCUACUGAAAAAUAUGAUGGGGAUAUAACUUUUAGAAGUUGAACUGGGCCAAAAUUGUUCUUAUUUGUAGAAGUAGAAAGGUUUUGCCUUUUAAAAAGGAACAAAAAUACUGAGGUUCCAGACCUUGCCAUGAAACUACUCCGAUUUUUCAAAAUAGAAGGCAACAUCCAGCAACUAAAUAGUGGCUACGUGGACCAAACGGAACACAGAGGCAAGAUGGACAGAUGUAGCCUAGGUUUUUGACAUAGUUUUUUAAAAGCCGAGUCUACUGAAGAAUGUUGGAGCCUUUUAUUUUUUUCUUUCUUUGUGACCUCACGCAAAUUGUUCUCAUUGCCUGAAUAUGGGGGAUAAAUACCUUUCUGUUCCUUGCAGUUCAAGUUGCAUUCUGUCCUGUGUAGAGCAGUGGUGUCUCAGAUGAACCUGUUUCCUGGUUUUGCAUCUUCUGAUAUGUUUUUGUAUUUUUGUUGAAGGUCAAACAUUUGUAUAAAUUGUAAAUAUAUUUAGUUUAUUACAGUAAAGGCUUUAGUACCAACAACCAGUCCCAUCCCCCUCUGCCCCCUCCCUGCCCAACCUGCUUAUUUAAAAUUAAAAACCUUUUGGGGAUAUAAGUACCUUUUUAGAAGCAAAAGAAAACACUAUGUAUAGUUUGAAAAUGGUGUCUUAUUCUUUAUAACUCUUCCUAGAUUCCUUUAUCAUACUGCAAAGUAGUCGUUUUGACAUAUUAGGGUAUCAAGUCCAGUAGAUACUGUCUUGUGCUACAGAAAACUUAAAAGGCAAUUUUGUACUAAUUAUAGUGUAAAUAUAAAAUUUGAACAUUUCAUAAACUUGUGCAGUUUAUUUUAAGUUUAUUCUGAUGUCCCAUGUAUAUGUUCUUUGGCAGAUACAGUAAUAUGUGCCUGAUCAUAACUCACUUGGUCAUUUCUCUAGAAGAAGAGAUGACUUCCCUCUCCUUUCUCUCCCAGCUGAACAGAAUUCAUGAAAGACUACAUUUCAACUAGAGUACAUCAGAGUCUUUAUUCAUUAACUGAGGAUGUCUGUGAUUAAACAAAGCUAGAUAAGUUGCAUCCUUCGUAUUUUACAGAGAAGUGGUAGUUAAUGAACAUUUCCUUUUUAAUGUCUUGUCUAUACUUAGAUACUCAGGUAAAUUUAAUUAAAUUACCAAAAGUGUGACUUUUACAGGGGAUCACUUAAACAAUGUUAAAUACUUGCAGGGCUGCAAGUGAAAUGAAUUAAUCUAAGUUAAACUCGCUUCUUAAUUUCUUGUGAGAGUAAUGACAAAGGAGUAUUUUGAUUUUUAACUAAUCCACUGUACAAGUUAAUUAGACUUAAUUUUCCUGAGUGUCCCUUGUUACACAGGUCUAUAGGCUCUAUGUAUUCAUACUGAGCAAUUUUUGAGUCCUUUCCACUGUUGCAUCAGUGUGUGACCUUUGAAGAGCCAUGCUAAGCAGCCAGUUACCAAAGCUAUGCAUCUUCAAAUCAAUUUUUCUUGAUGUACUCAAAAGAAAUGGAUAAGGAGAGAAUGUGUACGUUUUAUUCUAUGGUUUUUUUUAGAUUAACAAGUUCUAUCACUGUGUGCUAGACAAACCUACCUAUUGCACCAGUGAGGGCCAUACAUUUCCUUCAUUCUGUAACUUAAUUAGUGUUUCUGUUGCUAAUGGAGAGUACAGAUGAAAAGCCCGAUCUCUUUAAACAAAUAAUUCAGAUUACACAAACUGGCAGACAGGUUAAGACAUAUCCGUGAAGAGGUGCUUUUUCAUUUUGCUAGCAUUUCACAAUGAACUAUAUCCCUGCUCUUUCAAAGAGACAUAACUAGGGAGAAACAAGUUUGACUGAUGGAUGCAUUGACCGAGUAGGGAAUUUCUCAUCUGGGGGCAAAUUUUCUCUCAAUUUUCAGUCUGAAGAGAUAUCAGUUUUCUUUUCAAUUUACAUGACCAUUCUACUGAAACUAUUUUAUAGGACCUAGAAUUGUAAUAGCCUUAAUACAUUAACUUUGCAUUUGGAAUGUAAAAUGUUAACCGUUCAGGAUAAUCUGCUCUUCUAGACAUUUAAAAUUAGUGUUCUAUCCACAUGUAUCUAUAUCUUUGUCUAUUGCUGUGUUGUGAAUAUCCAUCUGUAUGGAAAUGACAGACCAGCAUAGGUAAUGGUCAUUUUCCUCUCACACAUAGUGAGGCAAAAAGCAGAAUCAUCAGGCUUUUCAAAGAAGUAAUUGUUUGCUACGUUGAAAUACUGUGGCAUGCUAUGCCAUUUUAUAAAGGAGAAGUUUUAAAAAAAGAGUAUGUACUAGGUUACUUAAUUUUCACGCUGACCCUGUUUUCAUAUUGAAGCUUUUCUGAAUGUCUGACUCUGCCAGUGAUGAUCAUUGACUUUGUUUAGUAGCACUGGCAAAUUUGCUGUAGUUAGGAACAUUUGAAUUUCUUCCAAACUACUAUAACCCUGGCUUUUACUUUAUUGGUAUUAUUUUGCAAUUCCUAAAAAUUAUUAGAGGAACCAAGAAAGCAAGUAUUCUAACACAUUCAUUUAAUUGUUAAAAAUAUAUAUACACAUAUAUAAUGGAUCUGCUAUAAGUUAUGGCAUACUAACAACCAUAUUAGUAAGACCACAUUCUUGGCAGCCAGGAGGUUCAAAACUAUAGUGUAAGGAAAAUCAUUAAAUAUUGUGCCUCGUUAGCUUCCAGAAUGCACGGUGAGUCAGAGCAGUUAUGGAAUUGGACAUUUUUUAUACAUGUGAAUGAAUUUAAUAAUGUUUGUAUCAUGUGUUUCUUGGUUGUAAUUAAGAAAUUACUUUUUUUCCCAAAAUAAUAUCUGCUUUAAGCCCGGGGUCUGAAAACUUGGGGAUGCAUCAUACAGUAGUCCUCUCAGUUUCUUAUGUCGUCUGCUUAUUCCACCAGCAGGUGUGAUUUUUAAUGGAAAGAUACAUUUGGUGAAAUCUUGGCAUGUUUGUCUACACUAUUGCACACAAGAUUUAAAACUUGUAGAGCUUAAAACUUCUGUAAGUUCUUACAACCGUGUGUAAAAGUAGUGGGUGGAAAUAAUUGCAUAUUGAAUGAAGAAACAGACCAACCCAGACCAGCAAUAUACAGACAAGGCACUGGGAAAAGCACAUGGAAGAAAGAGGUACAGCAGUAAUUAUGGUGUAGGUAAUUAAUUUUUCCCCCAAUUUAAUUACAAUCCUAAAUGAUUCCUUUGAUUAGCCCCUUUCUGGGACAGUCUUUGUUUGCUGGGUGGCCCUCAGUAUUCAGUCUGAGUGCCACUGGCAGACACUAGUGCCAGCUACAAGCUGGGAGUCCUCACAAAUUACAUAUUGGAUGUUAGUGCAACAAUAACUAAUGAAGGGUUGGUUUGUGGUAAUAUCAAUUCAACUGAACAAAAUCCUUAGCCAGCUCUAAUAUGUAUAUUUUGUAUAUGUGCAGUAGGCAUAACCUUUUAUAAAUCAGUUGUGCAGAAAAUCAUGAUGAUAUUCCACACAAUGCAUUUGUCAGUGUGUCGGAGUGCCUCUUUUUGAUUAUAGUUCCAAGCAAAGAUAGUUCCCCACAUCAAUCCACAAGCUGCUGGUUCUUGAAAGAGAAUUUUCAUCUGCAUUAAUUCUUUUAGACUCAUUUGGCAUUCCAGAAGCUUUUGUUCCUUUAAAGGGAAGAGGGAGCACCAAAUGAAUAUCAAGUUCAUAAACUGUUAAAAUAGAAGUAGUUUUUAAUAUAAAAAUCAAAGUAGAAUCUGUCAUCUAGUCACAUGCAUACUUUUGUGUAUAAAUGAUUGACCAUAAUUUUUCUGUCAGAACUUUGCAUUGGUGAUGCAGGCAGAAUUUUCAAGUGUUUAAGUUACUGAAGUAACUUAAGCCUAGAUUGACAAAGUAGGUUUUUUUCAGUGGUGUAUUUUGGCUUUUUUUUUUCUGUGGAAAGACUGCUCCACUUAUUAGCCUGUAGAUCAUGCAAUCUACUUAGAGUAGUACUUCAUAUUUUCUAUUAUAUUGGUGCAAUUUUGAGUAAAUGGGGAGGUUCCACCAUUCUAGUGAUUAAGAAAGGUGGUUUUUAAUAUUUUCAGGCUAAAUAAUAGUACUGAAUUCAAAUUUCGCACUACUGCUAAAGUGUUUACUCCUUUAAGCCACUUCACUGGAGAAGCUGGACUCACUCCAACUGUGCUGUUGAAGGAUUUUAUCUUUUUUUCCUCACCACAAGUACAUAGAAAGAAUGUGAGAAUGUACAUCUAUACAAGACUUGAGUCAUGGUGUCCUGCCAGAGAGGUGUUUUAUUACUGAAUGGGAAAGAUGAAGCUCAGAGAAGGACCUGAUGAACAUGAACACCAGAAUGAAAGAAAGAGUUCAUGGCAGGGAAUACAUGGAGGGAUGAGGGAGAAUAGGAACAUACACAUACAUACAUUUUAGGGGUAGUCUAACAUGUAAUCUACAAAAUCAAUCUGAAAUAAGAUUCCAGUGUGCAAUUUCACGGAUUCUAUUUCUCCAUAAAGUUGUUCAGAUGUUUCUCCAUAGUAAUUCCAAGGACACCUGAGCUGUAUGUUGGAGCUGGAAGUGGGCAUUUCUUUCACAUCUAUAAGCAGUCAUCUAAUCCUAAGAGAAACAGUUAAAUUACAGCCAGUGCUCAACAUUUCCCAUUACCUAAUAUUUUUGUAGCUCAAGAUCAGCUUUCCAGCAAUUGAUAAUCCCAUUUUCAGCAAUGUGCUCCCAAACGUCCAAUUGCAGCUUAAGUGCUUAGUGCAAUGUGGUAGAUUUUGCUACAUGUAAGAACUGGGUCCUUUUAAAAUCUGCCCUGUGGGUCUAGCUUACUGAUAUUUCUGAGAUGUUUACUCAGAAUUUCUGUUCAGCUAUAUAGGAGAGCUCAAACACGCAUUUAAAACUUUCUAAAACAGCAAAAGCUGGGCUUUUGAACAACCAUAAGCACAUGGGUGUGGUUUGGGUUUUUUUUAGUUUAUUUUUUUUUCUUAUUACAUAACUUUUUAAAAAAAUCUAUAAAUUAAAUACAAGAAAACACAAAGAAAUAAAAAGAAAGAAUGAAUAAUUGUUUUCAGAGGGCAGAAUGUUCUUAAAGAUGCUGUAUCUCAAAACAAAAGAAUUCCUUAUACGUUAUAUUAAUUCCUGAGAGCGCUGCAUUUGUGUUUUCCUGGAGCUAAAGUGCUGUUCUCAGAAAACUGAAUGCCAAAAAAAUGGUGGUGUGGGAACCAACGUUAGUUAUGAUUUUCAAAUCUGAGCAGAGUUUUGGUUUUUUUCCCCUCAUGUUACUUAUUGCCAGGUCCCAUAGUUCACUCCUAGAAGCUGAACAAUCUGUGCCCUUUCUGGCUCAUGCAUUAGUAAGAAUUCUGUUGUUAGCAAGUCUGUUGGUGAUAAAUAAACUACAGGAAAAUCUGACGGAAUCUUUUAGUGGAUAGCUGUGUAGAUAACAUCAGCCAGUGUAUGUUGUAAUAAUUUCCCUUAGUAAAGCAAGCAUCCUGUGAUAAGAUAGCAUAAUUGUUCCAUACUCAUACUUCUGUUGUUUAUAGAAUUGCUGGUUGGUGUACUUGGCUCUGCAUAGAAAAAUUCUGUGGUGGCUUCUGAGGUAAAACUUAAUUUUUUGAGAUUUCUCCUCUCCUAAAAUUUCACAUGUGAUCUUGCCCACACUAAGGGUGUCUUGAUUCAUAGAAGAGAUGCUACAAGAAGUAUUAGGUAGUUGCUGCUGUGUAGAGCUUGGCAAGGAUUCUUUGCCAUGUUCAUAGUACAAAGGUAUAGUAUCUCUUGGACCUUGUUUCUAUCUCUGUUUUCUGCCAAGAAUGAAUUAGAAGAUAACACACAGUUUGGAGAUUAAGUAAUCAAACAUGCUGUUACCAUUAUCCCUUUUGUAUACUCUGACAUUAGCAUAGAAAAUGGAGAUGGUGGCUUUUAACUGCAAAUAAUAAAUACUGGGUUUCCUUCAAGGACUGAUUUUAAUGAUAGCUUAAAUGAGUAAACAAGCAGAAUGAAGGGGUCAUAAAUGGAAGUUAACCCAUAGCAUUGGGAAACUUAGAAAUCACUUGUUAUUUUCCUGGUAGUGAGCCUAAUUCGUUUAAAAUAAAAUCCAUCUGUUCAUUUUACAGUCUUUGUCCCACUUCCUUACUGCAAUCCAUAGUGGAUUACCCCAUUACUUUAAAAAUUGGCUGCAUUUAUGAUAAACUAAGAACUCUUACUCUGUGGUUUGCUGUAGCAAGAUCUUUUGAAGACCAACAAAGCUUACCCUUUUUUCUUAAAAAAUAAUCAGCAGUUGGACCUGAGUAUUUUCUUAAAUUAGGUUUCAAGUAAAUAUACAAUCUGAUGGCUUCACAAAUGCGAAAUAUUUUUGAUUGUUGAUGAAUCAACCAAACACUGCUGUUAAGUAUGUAAAUGUCCUUAAUGUCAGUUUGGUGUUUGCUUAGCAUGCCAUGCAUGCAACAAAACUUUGGAGUGAUUCAACUUUUGUGGCCACAUUAAAUUUACUUCCUAGAGUAAGUUUCCUUUUCAUACAGGGACCAGUUUACUGCUGUGCUCCCCUGUGUCUCCUCCUGAAUAUGUAUUAGUUCUCUAGAGAUGUUUUAAUGCGUUAUACAUACAUAAUGCUUCUACCUUUCUCUGUCUUUCUGAUUGUUAAUUGUGAGAUGUGUAUUUCUGACAGCAGUUGAUUGAAUAUUUGCUAAUCAAUGAUAUAAUUGAGUUUUUGAAUGUGUACUUCAAGAAAUUUGUAGACUUGUAUAGAGAAAUCAUUAAUUUUCAUUUGUUAAAUUCAAGGUUCUCAAGUCCUGAUAUUCUUUUGUGGUUUUAUCAGUGAAUCUGUUUAAGGAAGUACUUCUGUUUUUUGAAUGGUUUUCAUAGCUUUUUUAUCUGUUUAUGUAGACACUCUUCUUUGUUGAGUGCAAGUUAUUGACCUGGUACUCUAUUUAUAAAUUCUGCCUGGUUCUUCAGUAUUUUAUCUAGCUGUAACUUAUUAAAAACCACAAAUAUGAAAUGGGGAUAUUAAUGACAAGUGGUUUAAAUGUGAAACUUUCAAAAUGCAUGUUAGAAUAUUUCAACACUUUGUUCACUGUAAUUUUACAUUUUUUCAUUACUUAAGUAAUUAAAAAAAAUCCUUAGGGUUGAAUUAUACUAAAA